AUUUUGCAAGGAGUAUCCAAUUAUUUAUAAUCGAUUUAUUGUACACUAAACCAUGUCUAACCAGCAGGCACUUGACAUCGAGCGCGAGCGCUCCGGCUCGACCAUCAACCAGCAGCAGGUGAAGGAGCUAUUCCACGGCGGCGCCGAGUCGCUGUCGAAGCGCGAGUGGAUUGCCAGUCUGGUGGCCAAAGAGCCGGUGUUCUCUAAGACCGGGCAGGAGUUCCUGUCGCGCGCAGAGCGGUUCCAUCGCGGACUGGCAAAGGGCAAGCGGUUCGCGGAGCUGCGCAACCAGUACGGACUUGACCAGGAGGAGUCGAUGCUGUUCCUGAAGCUGUUUGUGGACGACUUUGUGCCGGCAUGCCUGCACAUCGACAUGUUCCUGCCGGUUCUGCGCAAUCAGUCGUCGAAGGAGCAAUGGGCGCGGUGGGGUAGCGAGGCCGAGAGCAUGCGGAUGCUGGGUUGCUAUGCGCAGACGGAGCUCGGGCACGGGUCGAAUUUGAGCGGGCUGGAGACCACAGCGACGCUGGACAAAGCGGCGGACGAGUGGGUGAUCAAUUCGCCGACGGCCAGCGCGGCAAAGUACUGGAUCGGGGCGCUCGGUAAGACGUGCACGCACGCGGCGGUGGUCGCGCAGCUGAUCAUCGACGGCAAGUCGUACGGGGCACACCCGUUCCUGGUGCCGAUCCGGUCGCUGGACGACCACACGCUGCUGCCAGGGAUCCGCGCGCUGGACAUUGGGCCCAAGGUCGGUGCGGGGCAAAUGGACAAUGGCUGGGCGAUGUUCGAUCAGGUUCGGAUUCCACGCACAAACAUGCUCAUGGGGUAUUCGCAGGUCGACCAGGAUGGCACUUACCACAAGCCGCUCAACGAUAGGCUGCGCUACGGCACCAUGACGUAUGUGCGCGUGCAUAUCGUCGAGUUUGCGUCUCUGGCGCUCUCACGCGCCAUCACCAUUGCUGUGCGCUACUCGGUGGUGCGCCGGCAGGGCUCGACGCGCAUGUACCAGGGCGGCGAGCCGCAGGUUCUCGACUACCAGACACAGCAGCACCGGCUGCUGCCGCUGCUGGCGCAGGCAUAUGCAUUCAGCAUCACUGGACACUGGAUGGGGCGGCACUACCACACGCUGAUGGAUAUGCUGCAGAACGGCGACGACUCGCUGCUGGCCGACGUCCACGCGUACUCGUCGGCACUCAAGAGCUACACGACCAAGGUGGUUGCGGACGGCUCCGAAGACGCGCGCAAGUCCAUGGGCGGCCACGGCUACUCGAUGUUCAACGGCAUCUCCGAGCCCCUGGGCACCUACCAGGCCACAAACACAUUUGAGGGCGAAAACGUCCUGCUCACGCAGCAGGCUGCCAGCUAUCUGCUCAAGAUCUACCGUGCCAUAAAGGCCGGCAAGCAGGUGCUGCCCGCCCAGGAGUACACGGUUGGAUACCUCUACCGCCUUCUGGCAUCGCCCGCUGCGCUCGCUGAGGAUAGGCCCAAGGAUAUCCUCUCGCCGAACGGCCUGGUUGCCAUGUUCGAGCACCGCGCGGCCCGUCUGCUGCGCGCAGUCGGCGAUGCGCAUUUAGAUGGCGCCGGGUGGGAGACGCAGCUGAUUGCCUUUGCGCAGCUGGCGCGCGCGCACGUCCAGGUUCUUGUCGUUCGCAAUUUCUUUGGCGAGCUCGCCCACCACCGGCUCGAUGGCUCCACGGCCCAGGCCAUGCUGGAUCUGGCCAAGCUGCAUGCGCUGCAUCUGGUGCUCUACACGGACCUGGGCGAGUUUGUCGAGGACGGAUUCCUGGCCACCGCGCAGCUCGACAAGAUGCGUGCAGAGUACCUGCGGUUGCUGCAGAGCAUCCGUGGCAAUGCCGUGGCCCUGGUCGAUGCUUUUGGCUGGCCAGACUGGUACCUCAACUCGGCGCUGGGUGCCAGCGACGGCCGCGCGUACGACCGCCUGGUCGAGGCCAUCCAGAGCGAACCGCUCAACACCACCGAGGUUGACAGCAGGGGUGUUAUCCGCGGCUACGACGAGUUCAUCCGCCCGCUGAUCCGCGGCGAAUGCGGCGAGUUCAGCAUGAGGAUGCAGGAGGCCCGCCACGCCAAGGCAAAGAUGUGAAGGUGGGGGGAGAGUUUAUUUGAAUUG